AUGAACAGCACCUCGUCCUCAGGGGCAUCACCCUCCUCCCAGCCCAGCUCCCUCACCCUGGAGGACAUGAAGCACCUCUUUGGGGAUGGCCUGUUCAGCGCUGAGCCCCUGAACCUCGAUGAAAUCCCAGAGAAGUUCCAGUCCCACUGCCCUGCCCUAGAACAGGACAGGCCCAGGAACUGGAAACAGCUGGAGCAGUGGCUGGUGGACCUGCAGGCUGAGGUGACCUGCCUCCAGGGACACCGUGACCGUUGUGCACGUGCCGUGCUGGGCCUGGUGCAGGAACUGCUCCAGGUGCGGGCCCAAGUCCAACUGCAGAACGCUGAACUGAAACAGCUGCAGCAGCAGCACACACAACAGUUAACUCGGGACCUCAACCAAGAGUCCUGCGAGCUCUCUGGCACUCUGAGUCAAACCCAGAUGCUGGCCUUGGACAAAAGGUUGGUGGAGGUCCGAGAGGCCCUGGCUCAGAUCCGGAAGAAGCAAGCAUUCCAGGACUCAGAGCAUAAGAGCUCGGACCAGGAGCUGACCCUCAGGGUGAACAAGCUGAUGGGGAACCUGAGGCAGGAGGGCCAUGACCGGAGGGAAGCCUGCAGCGCCCUGCAGAAAAGCCAGGAGGAGACUAGCCAGCGAGUGGAGCAUGAGGUGGCCAGGAUGCAGGCGCAGAUGACCAAGCUCAGUGAGGAGAUGAGCCUGUAUUUCCUGAAGAGGGAGGCCAAGCUGUGUGGUUUCCUGCAAAAGAGCUUCCUAGCUGUGGAGAAGAAACUGAAGGCAGAGGAGAGAGCCCGGCUGCAGACAGAGGCCAGCCUGUGGGAGGAGCUGGAGAACCGCUGGCAGGUGCUGCAGGGGUGCUGUGAGGAGAAACUACAGGCCCUACGUGGGCAGCACGAGCAGGAAGAAUCGCGCCUCCAGGAGCAGUGUCGAGGCCUGGACAGAGCAGUGAUCCAGUUGACCAAGUUUGUGCGGCAGACCCAGGUGUUGCUUGACCACGUUCUGCAGACCCGGGAUGCCAGGGGACAUGUGGAGGAAAUCCAGGCUGGAAAGCUGACCUCCUACCUGCAGGAGAACCUAGAGGCUAUGAGGCUGGCCAGAGAACUGGCCCAGCAGGAGGCGCACAGCACCAUAGAGUUGCUCCAGGAGAAGUGCCGGGCUCUGGAGCUAUUAGCUGCAGAGCUGUCCCAGCAGGUGAAGGACCUGGGUGACCACCUGGUGGCCCUGAACUGGAGGCUAGACAUACAUGAGCAUACUCUGAACCUGCAGCUGUCAGAAGUGAAGAAUGGAUGGCAAGGCAUGAAGAAGUCAUCCCUGGAGGAUCUGGCCAUGUGGCAGCAAGAGACCGAAGUGCACCUGAGAGAGGUGCAAGAGAAGGUGGACAGCCUCCCCCGGCAGAUAGAAGGUGUGUCAGACAAGUGCAUUCUGCACAAGAGUGACAUGGACCUGAAGAUUGAAGUUGAGAGCAAAGCCAGGGAGUUCCAGGUGGAGACACUGAGGCAGGAUCUGGCUGCCCUGCUCUCCUCAGUGCAGCUGCUCAAGGAGGAUCACCCUGGACGAAAGAUUGCUGAGAUCCAGGGCAAACUGGCCACGUUCCAGAACCAAAUUAUGAAGUUGGAAAACAGCCUCCAAGAUAACAAAACGAUCCAGAAUCUCAAGUUUAAUGCAGAAACCAAGCUGCGGGUGGAGGAGAUCGCCUCGCUUCGAGAGAGCAUGCUGCGUCUGUGGAGUGAGGAGGGCCCAUGGGCGCUGACCCUGGGGGGCCGACGGCUGCUCAUGUCCCUGGUGCGCCAGCGUUUCUUCAUCAAGGACGUCGCCCCCAGCGAGGGGACCUCAGUGAACCAGUGGGGCGUAUACCAGGCCACCAGGUGGCUGCGGUGGAAGGCUAAGCUUCUGAGCCUGAGUACCCUACAUAGGCCGAACUCACUCCCCGCACUCCCUGAGGAGGCCCAGCGCCCCGAGCCCAGCACGAGCUGCCCUUCUCGGCCCCUCCUCCACUAA